AUGGCAGACUUCGCAGGCGCACAAAGACGCAUAUUGGAGAGACGAGCCGCGAGAGAACAGGCGAUAGCAGCCGAGUCGCGAGCAUACCAAGACACACGAACCGAGCAACUGACACGGCUACCACCCACGAUCCGCACCUACGCAUACGACUUACUACAAUACUACGACCUCCUCAAAUCGCCAUACGGCACAUCACCAGCGUUUCGUGUGGGACAGGUCGACGCAGAGCUUCUCGACGAAGCAUUACUGGGUUUACUACGAAAACAGGCGGGAGAAGGCCUGAAACUGUUCGGCGCACACCUCAAGGACGACUGGAACGCCGAAAUCACCGCUCUACUAUGCAUUGUAUACUGGAAGCUGUCAAUAUGGGAUCAUGGGACCAGCUACGGAGCGUCUCUGCAAGGCCUGAAAUACAUCGAUGCACGCGGGAAGGACAUCUUCGAAGCAGAACGAAUGCGCAAAGACGCAACAAAGCUCCAGCGAGCACUCUACGGACUCAUCACAGUCGUCGGCCGAUACGGCUGGACACGAUGGGAGGAACGACUCUCAAGCCUGGAAAACGGCUACGACGAACCAUCCCCACUGAUCAAACGAUUGAGCCAAGUGACAACAUACGCCAGCACGACACGCAGCAUCACCUCUUUCCUCUCCUUCCUCGUCUUCCUCUACAACGGACGAUACCGCACUCUUACAGACCGAAUACUCCGCCUCCGCCUCGUCCCCUCCUCCAAUCAGACCAGCAGAGAAGUCUCCUUCGAAUUCCUCAACCGACGACUAGUCUGGCACGCCUUUACCGAAUUUCUUUUGUUCCUCCUCCCCCUCGUCGGAAUCAGCAGAUGGCGAAGAUGGCUAUCAAGAGCAUGGAAGAAGACGAAAACAACAACGAUCAAGCUCUUUUCAGGAGCACCUACAGAUGAAGAAGACGAAGACGACGACAUACAGAAGGGAGAACUGAGCUUCUUACCUGAACGAACAUGCGCAAUAUGCUAUCAAGAUCAGAACCCAACAGGCGGGCAAUCUGAGCAGGACAUCAUCUCUUCUUCGGCAGCAGCAGCAAACAGCGGUAUCACUGGAUCCGCAAUGACAGAUAUCACAAACCCAUACCAAGCAGAAUCUUGUGGCUGCAUCUACUGUUUCGUGUGCCUGGCACAACGAAUCGAAGCCGAAGAAGGCGAAGGAUGGGUAUGCUUACGAUGUGGAGAGAUUGUAAAGGAAUGCAGACCAUGGCAUGGAGAUGUGGUGGUGCGACGGGAGAGACGAAGUACAGAUGUCAGCACGAAAUCGGGCAGCAGACCCAGUAGUAGGCGAAAAAGCGUAAUGUUUGAUUUGGAUGCGGAGAAAAGAGCUCUCGAGGACGAGGAACGGGAAGAUUCUGCGAUGGAGACUGUCGAUCCCAUGCCUAUAGAAGAGGCUGAAUGGGAGAGAGAUGACCAUAGCGAUGAUGAAUGA